AUGUCCCUCUCUCUGUCUGUCUCUCUCUCUCUCUCUCUCUCUCUCUCUGUGACUCUCUCACUCUUUUUACCCACCCCCCCCCCCCCACCCCCCUCGUCCCCUCAUUUCCCCCAACACCACUGGACCCGUUUCCAGGAAUCGGAAAAGUUCAUAUACCCGCAAAUUGGAGGAAACAGGCUGUUCCGUAAAUCCCGCCGCAGUGACGAAAUAUUUGUAAACACACAACUCUUCCUACUCGGUGCGCAGUUAUAA